AUGUUGGAUUCCGACUUAGCGCAUAUCAGAAAAGUUUUGGAAGAGGCUCGCAAAGGGAACUUGGCGCAGAAGAUGGGUGAUCUCUUGACAUUCUUUCAAUGUCGAGGCUAUGCUCAUUUGCAGCAAAUCUCAUGCAAACAUGUGGGCUGCCAUGAAGCCAACCGAGACGGUCAGAUGGUAGAUGUGACUCAUGUGCAAGACCUUUUGAAGUCCUUUGCAACUUUGGGAUACGCUCCUGAAAGCUCAUUGUCUGGGAUUUGCAUUGAGCUUGGACAUGAUGAUGGUAGCAACACUACUCGCAAGAAGAACCAAGAGCUCAUCGAAAAAUCCAAUGGUAAACUUGGAGGUGAUACAGCCAUCCUGAAAUAUGCUAGCGUUUCUGGAUCUCACAGAAACCAGUGCAUGCCAUCAGUUGUUUAUAGGUGCCUUUGCGACGAUCCAGAGGUUGUUGUGGAGGGCAAGUGGAGCUUAGACAGGUUUGACGAGGCUUUCCAGAAAGCGUGCACCUCUGGCACGCAGUGGCUCGUGGUGAGCCGUGAUGUCUUGGCCGCGUUUCCAGAUUGGGCUGCGUUGCAACAGGCAGCUUCUAACGCAACGGGUCAACAGCAGAAGGUGGAGACCGAGUUGCAAGUGCUGCAGAAGAUUUGCUCCAUAGUGUUGUCGAAACUUGAGCGAGAAAAGAUGGACAGCUUGAGUUUCAACACCAUCAGUCCAGAGAUCAUGAGAUCGAGGCCUGUAAAGAAGGGUUUGACCAACAGGGAAUGCGUCAAGAAGGCUUUGCACUUGCAGGAGGUUUUGAACCAGUUCGUUAGCCUCUUGGAGAAGGAAGCGGGCGUCAAGGAUUGGCUUCUUUGGAAGCAUGUGGGCCAUUUGGGACUGGAGGGUGUGGCUCUGGUUCUGGACAAAAAGAGAAUGAUACAUUAUGGCUCCAUAGAGGAAGCUGCCGUAGAUCAGCUCAACAAUCUGUGUGAAGAGGCUGGCAUCUCACAUGUGACAAGCCCAUGGGUGGUGAAAAAGGAAGACGCCAAGACAGCCCCAUGCACAUCAUCAAAAGCUACUGGAGAGUUCCUUGUUCUUUGCAAUGGAUAUUUUUUUGGGGGGGGUGACAAGUGGGGACAAGUGAGACUUUGUAAACAACUUGUGUUUCCCGAUGUCGCUUCAAAGAAAACUAUGUCAAGGGUCCUCGUGCAGUAUGACAAAGACGGGGCGCCAGUGAAUCAGCACACAUUGGUGCAGGCAAAGGGCUUCCGAGAUGGAUGCAUGAUUCAACGGUUGGAUGACACAGUUGCCAAGAUUAUCACCGUUGACAAGGAUGGUGUCACUAUGUUGAUUGAAUGUGAGAAGCCUUACCAGGCCAAAGCAUCGCUUCAAUCCUUCCUGGAUGGGGAAUGGAAGUUGAAAAAAAAACGCACGCCCAGGAGCUUGUCCCGUGGACCACCGCAUGUCAGCCAAGCGUUAGCAAAGAAUUCUUUUUUUGCUUGCGUGAAGGCGCAGGUGCAAAUGGAAAUGUUCGAGCAGCUCAAAAUGCCCAAAAUGAAGCAUUUCCUUGGUUUGGAGAUCUACAAAGGUCCAAGAGAUGUGAAGGUGUCCAGAAGCUUCAAGUCAGGGGAGCUGGUGAUCCCAUGCAGCACUUGCAAGGUGGUCAUCGCUCCUGAAGUGAAGGAUGCCUUGGUGAUCGGCCAGUGUAGUCAUGGCGGGGAUACCUUCCUCGUGGCUUUGGCGCCAUUGACCCAGUGGCCAAAGGAGGACGACGAGAGCGGGUUUUUGAACCCGUUUUGGCUGUUACCGGAGUCCUGUGAAAAGGACGAAGCCAGUUGCGAGAUUCAGGAUAUCAAACUGAGUCAGGACAUUAGCCCUACCAGCAAAGUGCUCCUUCCAGUAAUCAAAAACCUAUCUCUGCUUGAGGCCGGUGACAGUUGUGUGUUGUUCAAGGAAAACAAGAAGAAACGCAUGAGUCCCUUGGAGGCAGUGGAUCCUCCGAAGAAAAGGAUUAAGCCAAAGAA